AAACCCCGGUGGGGUUUAUCCACGAGCAGUCACACACUGCCUGUGUGUCUGACUCGUCUUGGUCAGGUGCAGCACAGCACUUGCCGCAUGUAAGUGACAAUCCAUCGCAACCAACCGCAUUCAUUUCCCCAUUUAAAUAUUUGAUGGGUGCGGCGUGACCUGCCUGCCUGACGGGCCUUUCGUUCAUCCCCACGUACCCCAGCAGCCAUCCAUCGAGGAGGAUGUUUGUGUAUCUGAGCAAGAAGAUCGCCAUCCCGCACAACCUGGCGCUGCACGUGCUGUCGUGGAACGAGGCCAACGGGUGGAUAGCAUGUGGUGGCGAGCGGGGACUCUUGAAGGUCCUCAAGCUCGACGGACAUACGCAGCCGGGGGACCAGCAGCAGCAGCAGCAGCCGCCGCCCAAGGGCACACCAGGGCAGAGCAACCUCUCCAUGAACCAAACACUCGAAGGACACCAAGGCAAGCGCGUCACACACACAAGGAGGGAGGGUGCGUACAGCAUGGCUGUGUGUGUGGGUGUGGGUGAGUGCUGUCUGCAGGGAACAUCAUGGUGGUGACUUGGAAUGAGCAUUUCCGGAAGCUGACGACGAGUGACCAGAACGGGCUGAUCAUCGUCUGGAUGCUGCACCGGGGUAUAUGGUUUGAGGAGAUGAUCAACAACCGCAACAGGAGCGUCGUGCGGGACAUGAAGUGGACGCCUGACGGACAGAAGAUCUGCAUCGUCUACGAGGACGGGGCGGUCAUUGUCGGCACGGUCGAUGGCCAGAGGCUAUGGGUAAGUGAGUGGCUGGUUCGGUGGAUGGCGUGUGCGUGUGUGAAAUGACUGACAGAGGUGAAGGUGUGUGUGUGUGUGUGUGUGUGGUGGUGGUGGCAUCGUAUCGCAUCGCCACCGUCAUAUAACAUAGGGUCGUGAGGUGAAGACUCAGUUGGCGUUUGUGGAGUGGUCACCCGACAGCAAGAACAUACUCUUCUGCACUCUCACUGGAGAGGUAUGGUUGGUACCACAUCACCACCUCACCAUACACACAACACACAACACAAUAGAUCGAUAGAGUGAUCAGAUCAGAUCAGAUCAACCACCAGACGUCUACUUGUGCGUCUGUUUGUGUGUGUGCGUCACUCACGUGUGCCUACCUACGGUACGUACGGCAGGUUCACGUCUACGACAACGAGGGCAUCUACUCGCAUAAGGUGGCCAUCCACUGCCUUGACGAGGGCACUCACACCAACGUACCCGUAGCCGGCAUCCAGUGGUAUGCAUUGCAAUGCAUUGAAUGCAUUGCAGGUGCAGACAGACACAGGCACACGACGAAGUGUGUGUCUUGGCUGUGUGGGUCCCUAUGUCCCUAUGUGUGUGUGCAGGUAUGACGGUCACCGCGGCCCCGAACCGACCGUUCCCGCUCUCGCAAUCGCAUUCGAGAACGGUACGUGGCGAUGCAGACGUCAAGAUGAUGGGCAUACAUACUUUGUGGCCGUCCGUGUGUCGUGUCCCUCCCGCAGGUCGUGUGCAGCUGAUGCGUUGCGACACGGACGACAGGCCCAUCCUCCUCGACACUCAGAUGAAGUGCUCAGGUUAGGACUGCAGUGAGUGACUGCCUGCCACCCACCGACCCACCCACCCUGCCAUGGGCUCUGUGGCCAUGUCGUGUCGUGUACACCAUGCUGUGUGGCCGCACACACUGGGCGGGGGGGAGAGAGAGCCGUCCAGUCCACGGCAUGCAUUGAUUCGCAGACCCUGGCACCAACUCAUGCCAUGGAUGGGCCAGCGUCUGAUAGUUCUCUGCCACACCUCCAUCUCUCUCUCUCUCUCUGUGUGUGUGUGUGUGUGUGUGUCAGCGUUGCGUUGGAGCCCCUCCGGCACUGCGGUGACCAUCGCUGGCAUGCAGGCGCAGGGGGAAACCACAGGUGAGUUACAAGCCGGUUGGUGGGGUGGGGGUGGGCCCACGGGGACAACCGACACAACCAUUAAUGACACACACACGCAUCCCAUCCACCCCACCUAUGUGUGCAUCAUCCAUCAUUGCGUGUGUCGUGUGUGUGUGUGUGUGUGUGUGGAGGUGAGGGCGGGUCGAUGCGCGAGGUGGGUGUGGUUCAGUUCUACAGCCCAAUGGGGCAGCAUCUUCGCACUCUGAGAGUACCCGGACACAGCCUCAAGGCCAUCAGCUGGGACGGCGCUGGUGAGUGAGCCGCCCAAACAACCAGCCACACCACAGCCACGCCUUUGGAUGCACUCAUGUCCAUCUCUCUCUCUCUCUCUCUGUGUGUGUGUGUGUGUUUGUGUGUGGCAUCAGGUCUGCGGAUCGCAUUGGCUGUCGACUCGCACAUUUUCUUUGCCAACAUCCGGCCCGACUAUCUGGCGGCCUACUUCUCCCACACGCUGGUCUACGCCGUCCUCAAGAAGGAGCGCAACGAAUACGCCGUCAUCUUCUGGGACACACGCAGAGACGAAGUGAGGCCUGUGUGUCUUGUGUUGUGUUGAUUGGGAUGGGCUGGACAUGCCUGUCUGUGUGUCUGUCUGUGUCUGUGUGUGUGUGUGAAGCGUUACACCAAGUACAUCAAGAAGUUGCUGCAUGUCAAGGCGGGGGAGGACUACUGUGUGCUCGCCACCAAGACAGAGGAGGCCGCCGAGCAGCACAUUCUCAUCGUGUGCAAUGACAUCGGUCAGUAGACCUGCCGGAUGGACACAGCACAGCACACACAGUCCACAGACGCACGUGUGUGGACUGUGUAUGUGUGUGUAUGUGUGUGUUGUAUGUGCAGGUUCCCCGGUGCAGUCUCAGUAUCUGACGAUCGAGCCCCUCCACGUCUGCAUGACGUCGUCACACGUCAUGGCCGCAUCAGAGGUAUGUAACCCCUCCCCUCCCCCUCCCCCUUGCCCUCCCAACCCACAUCCACACCCACACCCACACUCCCAUCAACCAACGCGCUCCAAAUGCAGGACACAGUGUACAUAUGGCAGUACCGGUCGUCGCUUCCCAGCCGUGGCGGUGUGGCCGGCGUGGGCGACACCCUCACCCUCACCGCCACCUCGGCGUCCACCAUCCCACCUGGAUCAGCAUCGGCAGGCCUCGUCCCCCAGCCCCACAGGCGGCGUGUGGAGCAGAUGUUCCACAUCGACGAGUAUGAGGGCGGGGCGAGCGACAAGGAGGCAUUCAGACACCCGGGCACCGUUUGCCAAGACCCCAUUGCAUGCAUCGCAGCAAGUGACAGGUGUGUAUGGACCGAUGGCUGCGUGGGGGCAUGGAUGGAUGGAUCUUUGUGUGUGUGUGUGUGUGUGUGUGCAGUUGUCUGGUGGUGGGUCGUGAGUCCGGGACGGUGCAGCGUUACUCUCUGCCGCAUCUGGCGCUGGACGGCAAGGUGCUCAUCCAGACGCGGCCCCAGGUGCUGGCGGUCAACUGUGCGAGCAGCUGCAUGACAUGCAUCGACAUCAAUGGCAUACUCACCCUUUACAACAUCCAACACAGGUGCCUGAGGGGGUGGGUGACAGACACCACACGACCAGCCAAGCCGCAUUGAAUUGAUGCCUCCUGCUCGCACUCGUGUGUGCCUGUAGGGGGAAGGGGCAGAUGGGCGAGCAGCUGGAUUUUGAGCGAAAGGUCAGUCCAGUCAGGAGCACACCGACGACAGGGAGAGGGGGGAAGGGUGCGAGACGAGACGUACACGGAUGUGUGUGUGUGUGUGUGUGACAUGGGUGUGGUGUAGGAUGUGUGGGACAUGCGAUGGGCGAGUGACAACCCCGACCUGUUUGCCCUCAUGGAAAAGACACGCAUGUACGUCGUCAGAGGUAGGUGGGCUACGCAGCCAUGCCAUGCCAUGCCAUGCCAUGCCAGGGAGGGAGGGAGGGAGGGAUACAUCUUGUCUUGUCACGCCACACACAAACACACAUUCGCCAUGCCAUACCAUGGUCUGCAUGUGAUGUGACGUGACACACACACAGGUACCGACCCCGAGGAGCCGGUCCUGUCCAACGGCUACAUCUGCUCGUUCAAAGACCUGCACAUACAGGUCAGUCAGGUCGGUGUGUAUGCUAUCCGUUGAUCUCUGCGUGUGUGUGGUGUGUGUGUUUGUGUCCAUUUGCUGACUUACUUCUGGAUAUACCGAUCAGAGUGCGUUGAUCGACGACUUGAUGAAGAACCCCGACAGCGCCAAGAAGGACAUCCUUCUCGAGUUCGACACCAAAUCACUCAGAGACACAAGCGACAUACUCGUGCGCAUAAGCCUAUCAGAUUAUCUUGCACACACACAUACACAUACACACACACCACAUCAACCAACAUAACACACACCACACGCACUCCAAGCUUUGUGUGUGCUCAUCUAUCUCAUCUGGUGUGAUGUGAUGGGAUCGCAUCAUAUCUUCCUUCAGACGAAGGUGUCAAACUUGAAGGAUGCCUUCACCUACGUCGAGGAGAACCCACACCCUCGGCUAUGGCGGCUGCUCGCCGAGGCCGCACUCGACCAACUGGAGCUCAGCGUAGCCGAAAAGGUAAUUGCGUACCUUUCUCCCCAAGCACAUGCCAUGCCCACCUCUUGCCCACCCACCCACACGCGUCAGUCAGUGUGAUGUGAUGUGUGCAGGCGUUUGUGCGUUACGAGGAGUACCAGGGCAUUCAGUUCGUGAAGCGUCUGCGGAUGCUCGACGACAAGGUCAAGCAGAAGGCCGAGGUGGCCGCCUACUUCCAGCGAUUCGACGAGGCCGAACACCUCUACUUCGACAUCGACCGGAAAGACCUCGCUCUAGACCUGCGGAUCAAACUUGGUCGGCAAGCCUGCCUGCCUGCCUGCCGCACACUGGCCACAUAGAUAGAUGUGUGUGUGUGUGUGUGUGUGUGUGUACCUUGACCUCUCUGUGUGUGUCGGUGGACAGGGGAUUGGUUCCGUGUGAUUCAGCUGACGCAGGGUGGUGCUGGUGCUGGUGCAAGUGAGAUACUCCACAGGGCUUACUCGGAAAUCGGAGACUACUACGCCGGUCAGCCACCGACACAGAGCAGCAGCACAUCCCGUUGUGUCCAUCCCUGUGUGUGUGUGUGUGUGGAUGUGGUCCGCCAGACCGCGGUAAGUGGCUUCAGGCGUCUCAGUACUACGCCAAGGCCGGCAACAACGCCGCACUCGUCGAAGCAUACUACCUUCUAGAAGUAACCAACACACACACACACCACACGCCCCAAGCGCACAACCACCACACGCCACGUGUGUGUCAACACAACAACAACAACAACAACAACAAAACAGGACUACGAGAAGCUGCGUGGUAUGAUUGACGCACUGCCCGAGGGCGACCCCUUGCUGGCGGAGCUGGGGAGGCGGCUGACCACUGUGGGCCUGUGUGAGGCGGCUGUGGGUGCCUUCCUGCGGGUGGGGGACGUCAAGGCCGCUGUCGACAGCUGCGUCAUACUCAACCAGUGGGACCUGGUAUGGAUGGCACCACACACGCACACACACACACACACAGACACAGUGACACACAGGGAGAGGGAGAGAUCGGUGUGUUUCUGUGAUGUGUGCUGCAGGCUGUAGAUUUGGCCGAGAAGCAUUCGUUUCAGCAGAUCGAGACCCUCCUAGCCAAAUAUGCGCAGCACCUGCUAGACAAGACCAAAAAGGUCGGCCGGCACACCCCACACCCCAUCCCAUACAUCAGCACCCUCAACUCACCCACACAGGCUGCACGCACCCGGUGGCUCUUGUGAUGUGAGUGCCUGUCUGUCUGUCUGCAAUGGCUGCAGCUAGAGGCAGUGCAGCUGUAUCGGCGCGCCAACCGUCACCAGGAGGCGGCCCGUCUGCUGGCCCAGGUGGGCAAAACCCUCGGGCCGCCACAGUUCCACCCCGACAGACACAAAAAACUCCACCUACUCGCCGCUCUGGAGGUACGCACGUCGGGCCGCCAAGGGGGGCCGUGGAAUGGGUGGGUGGACACACCUGAGUGGUGGUGCGGUGUGUGUGUGGUUGUGUUGUGUUGUGUUGUGUUGCGUUGUGUUGUGUUGUGUUUGUUGUCCAGGUAGAGAAGUACAAGAAGAAGACGUUUGAUGGUGGGGGAGCGGGCGGCACAAACAUCACCGCACAGACACUCAACUCGCUCAUCACACAGGUACGUAGGUAAGGUACCUACCUGGAUGGAUGGAUGGAUCGAUAUGGGUGGAUCCAUCCAUCCAUCCAUCGGUGGCUUGUCUUGUUUGUCCCAUCCAAUGAACAGGACCAGACGAUGCUGAUGGCUGGGGACAAGUCGCUGGAGAACCCUUGGCGGGGCGUCGAGGCCUACCACGUCUACAUGCUCGCACAAAAACAGCUCUUCGACGGGUGAGUGAGCCGAGCGGUCAGACCAGGCCAGACACACACAUGUAUUGUAUUGUGUUCAUCCCCCCCCUACUCUAGUCCCACGUGUGUGUAUCUGUAUGUGUAUGUUGUAUUUGUGUGUGCCAGUUCGAUGGAGGCAGCGCUUCGCAGCUGCAUCCGUUUGGCCGACUACGAGGACCACCUGGACGUGCAGACCAUCUACUCACUGCUCGCACUCACUGCAUACUACACCAAGUUCUUCCAGCAGGCAUCAAAGGUCAGCCAGCCCAGCCCGGACACACACACACAGACAGAAGGCAGACCAAGACAGCAGCCGACCCGACUGCAGUCGCGUGUAUGUGUAUGUGUAUGUGUUUGUUGUGUGUAGGCGUUCAUCAAGCUGGAGGCCUCGCCGGACAUUCCCAAGGUCACACACACACAAAUAUGCGUGUCAGCUGACAUGACACACAGAGGCACUCCAUAUCAUCUGUGUGUGGUGCUGACAUCAAUCAGGCCACCCGCCAGAAGUACGAAGACCUGGCACUAGCAAUCUUCACCAAGUGAGUGACUGAGUGAGUGACUGAGCGAGAUACCCACGCAAUCACCUACCUCUACCAGCAAGGCGAGUUUGCAAAUCGUGUGCAGGCACCCGCCCCGCGAUCCCGCCUCUCGCAUGCUGCCGUGCCCUAGAUGCAACACACCCAUUGCCGACUGGUAUGUAUGUAUGCAUGUUGGCACAGAACUGCCUGCCUGUCUGAAUGUGGGCAUGCAUGGCAUGUGUGGCUGUCUGUCUGUCUGCCUGUCUGUCUGUCUGCAAUGACUGCAGGACGGUGAUAUGCCCCCACUGCAGCUAUCGGCUGCCCUUCUGCGUCGCCUCGGGGCGGCCGAUAUUCAAAAAAUACCUCACACCCGAAGCUGCGUCAUCCUUGGCCGCAUCGGCCAGCAAUGCUGUCGAGCCGGCGGCCAGCGAGACCAUCCAGUGCAAGACCUGCAAGUGAGCAUCCAGCCAGGCACAGACAGACAGACAGACACCAAGAGCGUGAAUCCACCCACGUGUUGCAACCGGCUCAUGUAUUGUAUUUCAGGCAUCGCAUGUACGCGUCUGAGGCGCGUCGGUUACGGCAUUGCCCUUUCUGCCACUCUUUGCUCGUGCACAAGUACGUUAGCUGAGCUGGCCACCCUGACACGCACCGCACGCCGGAUGGAUGGACGGAGGAAUUCGCCGGCUGGCUGGUGCUGGUGUAGGCAGAUUCGUAGCGGUUUCUCAGACCCGUUUCUUGAUGUUGUUGAUAUGAUAUGUGUAUGGCGUGUGUAUGUGUGUGGGUAUGUGUGUGUCCUUGGCGUGGUGUGUACAGACCGGGCAGGGCAGGGCAAGAC